GGACGUGACGCAGGAGUGACGUUCCAAAGGUGCAUCUUUUACUGCGACUACUGGUGUAAAUCACUGCGUUCAAAUAAUGCGCGUAGUGAUUUAAGCAUAACUGACAUGUUAUAUACCACUGACUUUUAAAAUGAGCUCUCUGAAUUACAUGACGACGACAAUAGUUUUGGCCGGUUCAGACUUGUAUUUUUGAUUAUUCGGCGAUAUCAGACAGUCCUAUAAGUAUGCUUCUCUAGUAUGCAGUUGUAUGUGGAGCGUCUCUGAAUAAGCGCUGAAGUAAUUGGCAGCAGUGUCUUGAUCAUUACGUGCAGUGGGACGCGAUAAAAUGGGCCAAAGUCGCUGUGAUAAGUUAUAAAUCUUGUUAAAAGUGUAAAAUGGACUAUAGACACAAGAGGAGACUGACGUUCUUCACUAUAGGGCUGAUCUUCUUACUGAGCGGAAUUGAGUACGCUGUGAUUUUGCCGACAAUAUGGAGGUAUCUGCAGACGUUGAAUGCGGCGCCAUACUUUCUUGGCCUCAGCCUAUCAGCAUUCAGCUUCAGUGGGCUUCUCACUGGUCCUUUGUUUGGCCACUGGUCAGAUCGCACACUCAGCACCAAGAAAAUCAUCCUGUUCGCUAAUGUCUUUGAGAUUGUUGGUAAUUUCAUGUAUUUUAUGGGAUACUCCAAAUGGUUAUUGCUCUGCAGUCGUCUAGUUGCAGGUAUCGGCACUGGUGCUGGAUCAUCUAUCUUUGGCUUCUUGACUAGAAAUACGGCCCCUGAGGACCGUUCGACAGUUUUCGCUGCGGUUAUGGCCUGCCGUCAGGCUGGGCUUCUGAUUGGUCCUGCAUUCAAUAUCUUUCUCAGACUCUGUAACUUCCAGAUCGGACCUUUUACAGUGAAUAAAUACACUUCCCCAGGGCUUUUCAUGUGCCUGCUGUGGAUCCUUCUUCAGUUUGUAGUCCUGUUCAUGUACUGGGAUUUCACUCCUCAAGAUGAUGGGCAUCAGAGGAAUGGAGUGGUGCAGGAAGAGGUAGAGCAGGAAGAAGAGGAGAACGAAGAGAGCAAACCUUUGGUUGGGCCCAAUGAGCUCACUGGGUCAUACGGGACGGUCACCAGUGUCCAGUCCAGAGCCUCCUCCAUGGCCAAUGGUGAUGUGACUCAUGUUUCUCCUCCACCUUCACCUCCACCUGAGGGUGUCAGCUCCAGUCCCUUCAAGAACUUCAGUGCCAGCAGAGAGUUUCUCCGUGAGGAGGUGGUUGUGCUGUUGGCAGCUCAGUUUAUCACACUGUUUAAUCAGACCGCUCUGGAGACUAUGGUGACUCCUCUGACGCAGAAGUUCUUUAACUUCGGUGAGUUGGAAAACAGCAUCAUGUACUGUAUAUGUGGCAUAGAGGUGAUCGCUGGGUUCCUGUUCGUGCGCUGGUUAAGCAAGCAUGUGGCGGAGCGAGUGGUGCUGGCCAUCGGCCUCAUCCUCUGCAAUAUUUCCUGCGUCUGGUGCCUGAUCUUCCUGGCCAAUCCUCAGGGUGGAUUUGCAUGGCAGCUGGCAGAGUUCAUCAUUGGUGUUUUCCUUCAGGUCCUGGGCCUCCCUUUUGUGGCGGUUGCCCAGGUGUCUCUCUUCUCCAAAAUUACAUCACAGAAGACGCAAGGAUUCAGUCAGGGGAUUCGCCGUUCUGUUGGAGGACUGGCCACCAUCCUUGGUCCUCUCUGGGCCGGCGGUUUGACCUCUGACCUUUAUGUGAUGAUGGGGCUGAUGAUGGGUCUGCUUGCCCUACUUACUAUCAUGAUGGUGGUGUCAUAUGAGCGUCUGGUGGAGCCUGUAACAGUGGACAGUCCGACAGGCACUGAAUCUGAAGACUGACACAGGUUUGACAUCAACUAUAAUGUGCUGUUGUUGGUGAACAAGCUGUUUACUGAAACAUUUGACUCCAAUAAAUCUUUUGGAAUCGGUCUAGGGUUGAUUCACUAACACGUGCUGAACUUCCACUGGUGACGACUGAAGAGAAUCUGCAUUUACUGCAGGAACAAAAAUAAGUGGCAGUGAAUGGAGACUUCAGGAGUGGGGUAAGACCAAAAUUACAAACAAAAUGACAAAAGGAGGUGAAUAUUUGGAUGUCUUCAUCUUUGCUCUGUGCAGAGGUUUGAUCAAGGCAAAAACUCUUUUUAUAAAUGUAAAUUUCUACUAUAUUUCCUAUGGAAAUUGCAGUAGAUCAAAUGUUUUAUGAUUAGGAACGAACAGGCCACAUUCCAAUGGAAGAUCCAUUUAUGUGAGUCUUUUAUAGUAAUAAAGAGAUUAAUGCAUUAAGUUUAGGACAAUAUAUAUUUUGGGCUAUGUUGCUGAUUGAUGGUUGAAUAAAAGAGAAUAUUAUUACUAGGGAUGCUCCGAUCAGGAUUUUUGCAGCUGAUACUGAUUACCGUUUUUUUUUUUUUUUUUUGUCAUCAUGAUUAGCUGAUCCCGAUCAUCAAACUUUAUAAGUAUUUUAUAAGUAAUAAUUAAGCUCGCUGUUGAAUGUCAGUAUCUUCUCUUCUGUCAUUCUCCUACGCUGUUAAUGUUCAGCGCUUCCAGGUUCUACAUCAGAACGCCUGCUCAGUAUUGGCCAUGUGAACAGCAUGACAUGCGCGCGAUGCUGACACAGGAGCCGGCCAAUAAGUUGCCGUUCUGACAAAGAACCUGGAAGUGCUGAACGUAAACAGCAUAAGAGAAUGACACAGAAGAGAAGAUAUUGUUGAAUAAAGUCGUUAUUUUUGUUUUGUUUUAGCGCACAAACAGUAUUCUCGUCGCUUCAUAACAUUGAAGUUGAACCACUGCAGUCACAUCGGCUAUUUUAACAAUGUCUUUACUACCUUUCUGGGUCUUGAAAGUGGUGGUUGUCUAUGGACGAGUCAGACAGCUCUCGGAUUUCAUCAAAAAGAUCUUAAUUUGUGUUCCGAAGAUGAAUGAAGGUCUUUAAUGAGUAAUUAAUGACAGAAUUUUUAGGUGAACUAACCCUUUAAUUUUACAAUGAACAUAUUAAUAGGCCUUUAAAACAGGGCUUAUGCAAAACACUAUCCAUAUUAGGAUACUCUGGCUUAUUAAAGAGCCUACAAGACUUAAAGCUGCAGUCCGUAAGUUUUGCCUCUUUGUCGCCAUCUCUGUUUGAAACCGGCAAUUGCAGUUAUUUGUGGAAUUAUCAUCUUUACGUGGGUUGUGCCUCGGCACGGCUCCUCAGCGUGGAUGAAUCUAAUGUUUGCUGUCAGUCACCACACCGGUGUGGAUACUGUACUUCGGAAUCACAGACUGUAGUCUUGAAGUAUGACCAAAGUAGGAAUUUUCACCAGAAAUUGUCAUCUGAACAAGUAACAUGUCUGCCACUUAUUUUCUGACCAACUAAAUAAAUCGCGCUGCCAAUGGUGAUUAAACCUAACGAUUGCUUAGCUCGGAUCACGUCAAACCAAAUUAUUAUUAUUGUUAUACUUUGUUCUCAAAUUAUUAAUGUUAACAACAUCAGCCUUGCGUGACUGUGUAUUUAGUGAGUAUUAGUGUUACCUAUAGUUUUCAAUUUCUAUACAGUCUAAUCUCUAAUGUUAAUUUGUCAUACCAUACAAUCCUCCAUCAAAAUGAUAAGUUUAUUUGCAGCUGCUGUGAGAAAAGGCUGUAAAUGAUCUGCCUCACAUGUGAUAUAGUCUACUAGCUGGGACUCGUUCUUUAUGUAAACAGAUGUGACGCAAUGCCACAAAGACAAACGGCGACAUGCUCAAACCCACCAGUACCACCUCAAUUAUAAAACAUUAUUACAAGCUUACCAUUGUGAAUCGGGCUAAGGUAAGGAGAUAGUUUCGAACACUGGCUGGUUAUGUACUUGCUCAACAAUUGAUUCUGGAUAAUUUUUAACCAAAAAAAGUUAUGGACAGCAGCUUUAAUGUCAAAUUGAACAUAAUUAACCCAUAAGGUGUAAUUAAACAUUGUCCAAUAUGUGACUAAGGAAAAAAAUAAAUCGAAACAUUGCAACUCCUAAAUGAACAAAAUGAGUAGUCCGAAUGUGACACAAAAAUGAUCAGGAAUAUUAUUCAGCAAGUGCUGAGUAUUUGUGUCCUUCCUUCCUAUGUCCUAUACUUAAGUAGGUAAGGCAGAAUUCUCUUUAUAAAUUCAAGCUUUUCUGCAUUUUGGGGAGUUAGUCUAUUCCUCUUUUCAUCCAAAACAUAUGAACUGUACUGAAUA